GCGCUCAUACCAAACGUAUCUCCGCCGUCCAACAAGAACUCGCAAUAUCGCAAUCUCACUCAGUCCGUCUCCCAUAUUAUCCCUGUCCAGAAAUUUCAUCCUUUUUCGAGAACUCAGCGGAUCGAACGAUCAAUGGCGGCGAUUUUCUGAACCGAAGAAAAGGGGGGGAAAUGACAACGAUUGAGAAGCUGUUCGUGCAAAUCUUCGAGAGGAAGAAGAGGAUAAUCGAGCAAGUCAAGCAACAGAUCUAUCUAUUCGACCAACACCUAGCCCCUAAAUGUAUCCUCGACGGAGUUGCUCCUCCUUCCUGGCUCUGGUCCCCUUCUUUCCCUUCCCUUUCCUCAGAUCCAAAAGAGUUGAAGAAAGAGGAGCUUAUACCAGGACUCUUACUUCCACGUCCUCAACCUGCAAACCCGUACUUCAGUACUUGCGACUCUUUAUACCAGAAGCCCAUUGUUGCUGCUGGUAACAAAGGGCUACCAAAUGCUUCAUGCACUGGAGUUCGUGCUUCGAACCAUGGCACUAAUGCAGGUGAUGGGAUGACUGUUUUGCCUCCAUUUCCUACUGGUGAUACUCAAUGUAACUUCACUGGUGUUCCUGAGCCAGAUUCUAGUGUUACAUCUCCACAAGAUUGUGUAGAUGCAAGAAUAUCAGACAAUUGCCCUGAUCACACUCAAUCAUUAGUGAAGAUUCAAAGAUCAAAGUCCAGGCAAAGGGCUCUAGAGCUUCGCAACAGCGCCAAAGUAACUAAAUCACAUUCAUGUGAUAAUGCUAUUGUUUUUACUAGUCAAGGUAUUGGGUCUGGGAUUAAUUCCCUACAGUUUGAUCAUGUUGUUGAAUUAGAGUUGGUUAAACCUGUUGAUACAAGUACUGAAGGCUGUGAAGAAGAAGAAGCAGAAAUAGGUGAAUGUGGGGCAAGGAUAGUGGUAUAGGUAUUAGAUUUCAAAGUUCUAGACCAAAAAUCACCUCUGUGAAUGAGCCUGUGAAUGAUGGCAACUCUUCUCAUUUUGCCAAGGAUGAUGGCCUCAAAAAUUCUAUGAAAUAAUUAACACAAAAACCUAACCAUGUCAAUGCAUUAUCAGAAUUGGUCAAUCCUUCUAUUCCUGCUAAGGCAAAUUGUAUGGCGGAAGAAGCAAAUGAGGUUGAUUGCAGGGGUAACGAUAUGAAUAAUGCAGUUUUCUUUGAUAGAAUUACAGGAUCUAGGAGUUCUAUCUCCCAAGCCAGUUCCUCAAAGCAGCCAUUAGAAGUAGAUAUCUCAUUUUGUGUUGCUGAGGAAGAUGGUGGACAUAUGGAGUCUGUUGACAAAUCAGCAAAGCAGCCUAAUUCUGUUGGUGAGUUGUUGAAAUUGGUCAAGCCUUCAUAUGGAAUCUCUAAUGAAAGUUAUGGAUCAAGGAAAGCAAAAUCAAGGGAUAGGUUGAUCAAGAAAACUGAAAGUAACAUUUUUGUGGGGAGAAUAACAAGAUCUAGAAGUUCCAGCCAACAACCUAAUUGUGUGAAUGAAUGCUUGGAGAUGGAUAACUCUUGUGGUAAUGGCAAGGAAGCUAGUGUUAGCGAAACAAAGCAGCUAUUCAGCCGUGAUGAUGCCUCGAGGGAUUUGGUCAAGCCUUUAGGUAUCACUUACGAAAGUCCUAGGUUGAAAGCAAAAGUGCUGAACUUCCAGAAUGUUGAUGCAUCAAAUGAUGCUUAUUGCUUUAGAUUAACAAGCUCUUCUUCUACUGAGAAACCAUAUAAUAUUACUAAGCUCCCUAAAGUGGAUCUUUCUUCUGAUGUUAUAAAAGAUGGUGAUAGUAGACUUGCACAAUCUUUUGGCAAAUCUUCAAGGCUACCUCAACAAUCAAGCUUUGUUGAAGGAGAAGGAGUUAAUCUUCAGGUUCUGUCCGGUUCCCAACCAAAUGUCCUGUCUUGUAUUAAAAGAAUUCUAGCUGAAACUGAUAUAGAUUAUGAUGGGCUAGUAGUGGCUUGUUCUUUUUCUCCUGAAUCUAACGCAGAUGGCCAUAGAUGUGGAGUUGAAGAUUUAGAAUUGAGGCCACCUAGUGAAUGUGAUAUGCCUAUCAAGCCCAAGCCACUUAAUUUUGAUGAUGUGGAAGAGAGCAAUUUCCUUGAAACUUUUGAUUGUGCAUUAGAGAAUAAACAAGAAGGUACACCAGAGAAACAUCUUUCUACCAUGCUACAUUCUGUGGAUCUAUUGGAUAAAGUAACAUCUACUAGCUGCCAAGACAAGCCUAACCCAUCUAUUGAGAUGCCAUUGUUGGAAGGGCAGGAAUUUUCUAGCAAAGAAAAACCUUGGAAAGUUUCAUUUGAAGCUCAUAAGGAGGAGAGUGCUGUUUUGGCAGAUGAAAGUACUGUUAACCUUAUGCAGCAGAAGACAGACCCAUUCUUUUUCCAAAAUCAAAAUGCAGAUUCCCACUUCAUGGGUUCGUGGCCUUAGCAUAAACGAAUAAACAUAGAGGGUCAACUUAAUAAUGCCCUUUCUGCUUCUCCAAGCUUGAAGAUAGGAGAUGUAGUGCAAUCAGAUGUUGGAAAGGGUCCACUUAAUGACAUGCAUCGGAAUGCGGAACACCAAAAGAUAGAGGAAUAUGAAGUGUCUUCAUCAAAGCUACAAGCAGAAGAGGUAUAUCUUUUCCAAGUGUAGAUUCUGAAACUUGUUAGUUUGAUUUGCAUCAGUUCAGCAAUUAUGUAAAAGAUAUGCUGUAUACUUUCUAUUGUUUUGUUGGUUAAAUUUUAAAGUAGAUUACAAGGUAGAUCACUUUGUAUCCAUUUAAGAAAGAUGCUGUAGAUUGUGAUA